AAGAUAAGAACGGCCGUUAUCUGCAAUAAAAUCUGUAUAAGUGACGAUAAAACGAUAUACUAGUCCGAUAACAAUAAUUAUCGCUCCAUCACGCCGCUGUAAUACAACCCUGCAUACACGCAGACUUUUUCACCACAGCAUGGCGGCUUUGGCAGCUGUAGCACACACACUCGCACAUAUUCACUCGUAAACGUUUGCGCAAAGAAAAAACACCGAAAAUUUUAGGCAUCGGAAAAAUACGCGUUACAUUACUAAAUUAUAAACAAAUAAAAUAAAUACCGCUUGAAAAAUGUCGAUUGGUGUACCAAUUAAAGUUCUACACGAGGCUGAGGGCCACAUAAUCACUUGCGAGACUAUCACCGGUGAAGUCUACCGCGGCAAGCUCAUCGAGGCGGAAGACAAUAUGAAUUGCCAAAUGACACAAAUCACGGUUACCUAUCGGGAUGGACGCACUGCCAAUCUGGAGAAUGUGUACAUACGCGGCUCGAAGAUACGUUUUCUCAUACUGCCCGACAUGUUAAAGAAUGCGCCGAUGUUUAAAAAGCAGACCGGCAAAGGCCUUGGUGGGACGGCCGGUCGCGGCAAAGCAGCAAUACUGCGAGCACAGGCGCGCGGACGAGGUAGAGGAACGGGUCCGCCUGGAGGAGGGCGAGGCGGUGGUGGCCCACCUGGUGCACCCGGUGGCGGCGGACGCGGAGCCUGGCAAGGCGGCCCAACAGGCGGACGUGGACGCGGUGGCUUGUAAGAGAAGGCAGCAAACAGGAGCACAUUCUACUAAUAUAAUUUAAGGGCAUUUAAUCUUAGCGGGCGGGGCGCGAAAAAACGGAGCAUGUUGAAGAUCUUAUAUUGUCACAGAGAAUGAACAAGACGAUAGAAAUGAAACUUGAAUUUCAAACUGUGAGACCCUUGUCGUUAUUUGGGCUAGAGGAGAGGGAGAAGAGGAAACCAACACCAAUUAAGAGGACAAACUGACAAGAACACAUAGAUAAUAUAUAUAUAGAUUAUACAUAUAUAUCGUCGCUUUUCGAAUAUUAUACAAAGAGAGCAAUUCCAUGACAGUAUUAAAAUAUGUAUAUAACUUGACUGUCGACGGAUAGCUCUCUUCAUUUCGCUAUUCGCUGAAUUGUUUAGCGUUUGAGCUAAAAGUACGAAGGACAUUGGCAGACAGAGAACAGUUUAGUAAUUUGGUUAUUCGGGUUAGUUUGGGCAACGUCGAAUA